AUGGAACUGGUACACAGUACCUGGCCUAAGCGGAAUGCAGAAAGGAUGGAGCCGUGUAUGGUAAAACCAGAAGUCAAAAAGAAACCAAAGCCGCCGAAGCCUCCACCAAAGCCUACAGAGGUCAAAAGAAAUGACCCAGAAAAAACAACUCCUCUGGUGCCUCAACGACCUACAAGCACCGAACUCAGUCAGACACAAUACAGAAUGAAAAGAGCAACAACAACAAACAAUGAGGCUAAUGGAAACCUGAUACAAACUCCAGUUGUGCCUCCAAGACCCACAGAAAGGGAACUAAACGCCACGACCAGAAACAGCCAACGUAGGAGGGUCCAGGAUGAGGACACACAGAGCCAAUCAGAAGCUCCUAAAGACGAAGCAGACUUCAAAAAGAGUGAGGAGUCGGUCCUAACUGGUCUGUUUCGGCGGAGCCAAAAGGAGAAAACGCCCACGUUCACUACUUAUGUGUCCCAUGACUUGGAGGAAAAAACUGAAGAUGUCCCGGCCAAGCAGGCUCCUGCCAGGAAGCCGGGCGGUCUGAAAGGAGUUAUGAAAGGGUUGCAAAUCAAAUCAUCACCAAAGGCCAGCAGAGAUCCAAGUCCAGAUCCCAGCACGGAGGGAGCCGGCUCAGAAAAGGAACAAUCGGCAGAAAAAAACAAGCAGGAAAAGAAUGCAGAACCCAAACAGGACUUCGGGGAUAUGAUUGCUGGAAUGUUCCGGAAAACACCCAAAGAGAAAUCUUUUCCUACUGUGACGAUCAGCCGAGGAGACAGUGAUUCUGAAGAUGAAGAAGAAGAAGAAACAGAGGAAAAGGAAAAGGGAGGCUUCUUCUCUGGCAUCCUUAAAAAAUCCAGUAAAACAACUGAUGAGACACCUGAACAGGACAAUCUGAGCGCUCACAGUGAGCUGUCCGCCAGCAGCGACAGUCUGUCUGAAAAAAGCAGCAACAAGGAAAAAGGAGGAAUAUUCAGCGGGAUGUUUAAGAAGGCACCGAAACCAACAGAAGCUGAUCAAACGGACGAGGACCAGCGGUCUCUACAUGAUGAUCUGUCAGGCAGUAAUGAUAAUCUGUCGGAAAACUCAAAGGAAAAAGGAGGAUUUUUCGGUGUGAUCCUCCGAAAGUCUCCAAAGGUUCCUGGAGAGGGAACACCAGGGCAGGAUAAACAGCUGCUACAGACAGAGCCAGCAGACAGUAAUGAGACUGCGUCUGAGAACAACCCCACUAAAGAGAAAGGAAACGUUUUCAGUGGAAUGUUCAAGAAAUCUCCAAAACUGUCAGAGGCCCCCCGACUGGAGGAGGGUGCAGAGACGCUGAACAGCGAGCUUUCCGCCAGCACUGACAGCCUGUCGGAGAACAAGGAGAGGGGUGGUUUGUUCAGUGGACUCCUCAGAAAGACUCCCAAAACACCUGGAGAGGAAAAUCUGUCGGCACAGAAAGAGCUUUCUGCCAGCAAUGAUAGUCUGUCUGAGGCUGCAAACACAAAGGAGAAAGGUGGAGGAUUGUUCAGUGGACUCCUCAAAAAGACUCCCAAAGCAUCUGGAGAAACAGCAGAGCCACCGGAACGGGAAGCUCAGAAAGAGCUGUCGGGCAGCAAUGACGACCUGUCUGAGAAGAACACUACUAAGGAGAAAGGAGGUGUGUUCAGUGGAAAAUUCAAGAAGUCGUCAAGACUUGCAGACAGUCCGCCCACAGAGGAAGAAACACAAGACGAGCUCUCAGGCAGCAGAGAAGCCCUCAACACCAAGGAAAAAGGAGGAAUAUUUAGUGGAAUAUUUAAGAAAACUCCCAAACCUGCAGAAGCUGCCACAUCUGAGGAGGAUGAGUCUCCUGACAGCGAUUUCUCUGCCAGCACAGAGAAUUUAUCUGAGAAAAAACAGGAGAGAGGUGGAGGCUUGUUCAGUGGACUCCUCAAAAAGACUCCCAAAGCGCCUGGAGAAAGGACAGAGUCACCGGAAAGAGAAGUUGAGAAAGAGCUGUCGGCCAGCAAUGACGACCUGUCUGAGAAGAACACCACUAAGGAGAAAAAUAUUUUCAGCAACAUGUUUAAGAAGCCACAGAAACCCGCAGAGGGCGCUGCAGCAGACAAGGUACUGUGAUUUGAUUUAUCAAGGUGUUAAAUUUCCUGUUGUGGAGGCUGUGGAUAUUUAUAUUAUUUAUAUUUUCUGGUUUAAUUCAGGAGCUGGAGGUGCCAACAGAAAAACAGU